AUGUUGAAGGAAUUACGCAAUUUCAUAAUCGGGUUCAUCUUUUUGUGUUCUAUCCUCUACCAUCAAGGUUUUUUACUAGCUGCUUCUCAAUCCUCAAUAAGUCGUCGAGUUAACAAUCACCAGGGUUUACCUACGCAUGGUAAAUGCGAACCCAUCACAAUUCCUCUCUGCAAAGGGAUUCAAUAUAACAUGACCAUCUUACCGAAUAUUCUCAACCAUCAAAAACAGGACGAUGCCGGCUUGGAGGUGCAUCAGUUUUAUCCAUUAGUAAAAGUGGAGUGUAGUCCCUACCUCCGAUUCUUUCUCUGUUCCAUGUAUGCACCCGUGUGUACCCUGCUGGAUCAUGCAAUCCCUCCGUGUCAACAGAUGUGUCAGCAAGCCCGAGAAGGCUGCGAAAAACUCAUGAACCGAUUCGGCUUUGAAUGGCCAGAAUCGCUGCGAUGUGAAAAAUUUCCACGGUCGGGUCUGUGCGUCGGGGAGAACAUCACAGAUCCGACUCCACCGCCCACCCCCCACGACCGCUACAACCGUCCCACCCAAGCGCGCCCGGUCGGCCGUGACUACUUUCAACCCAACACCAAUUCGAGUGGCUUCCAUUGCCCUGUGGAGUUUCGCGUCCCCAAAACCCUCGACUACCGCCUUAAAGUUGGUGAUUCGCUGGAAAGAGACUGCGGUGCACCUUGUAAUGACAUGUUCUUCACACCAGACAAACGUGAUUUUGCUCGCAUGUGGAUCGGAAUCUGUUCGGCUGUGUGCAUGGCGUCCACUCUUUUCACAGUGCUUACUUUUUUAAUCGACAUGACCCGGUUUCGUUACCCUGAACGUCCCAUCAUCUUUCUGUCCGGUUGUUAUUUCAUGGUUGCCUUGGCUUAUGUCGUGGGAUUUGCGCUUCGUGAUAGCGUUGCCUGUAAUCGACCGUUCGAUCCUCCUAUUCACAACCUCCAGUCGGAUAAAAUGGUUUCGAUCAUUACCCAGGGCACUAAGAAAGAAGGCUGUACUAUACUUUUUAUGAUGCUCUAUUUUUUCAGUAUGGCUAGCUCAAUAUGGUGGGUCAUCUUAACGUUAACAUGGUUUCUCGCCGCUGGUAUGAAAUGGGGCCACGAAGCCAUCGAGGCAAAUUCACAGUAUUUCCAUUUGGCCGCUUGGGCUGUACCGGCUAUAAAAACCAUCGCAAUCCUUGCUAUGGGUCAGGUGGACGGCGAUGUUCUUAGUGGAGUUUGUUUUACCGGAAUCUUUGAUGUCGACGCUCUCAGAGGCUUUGUGUUGGCGCCCCUUGUGGUCUACCUCAUCAUUGGCACCACUUUCCUGCUAGCCGGGUUCGUGUCGCUAUUCCGCAUACGGACUAUCAUGAAAAGUGACGGCACCAAAACUGAUAAACUGGAGAAGUUGAUGGUUAGAAUUGGUAUUUUCUCCGUUCUUUACACUGUGCCAGCUACCAUCGUGAUUGCUUGUCUAUUCUACGAACAGUCGUUCCGCGAUCAGUGGAUGGUAUCAUGGCAUUCCCGAGUUUGCAUCACCUACUUCUUUCCUUGCCCUCACACGGGUGACCCCACGCGACCCUGGCCGGAUUUCACCGUUUUCAUGAUAAAGUAUCUAAUGACUAUUAUCGUCGGCAUCACUUCAGGCGUUUGGAUAUGGACUGGUAAAACGCUUAAUUCGUGGAAACGUUUUUACUGUAGGUUUUUCAUGCCUCGAAAUCAGUCAGCCGUGGUUUGA